GGCAGGGCUGGGAGGAGAGAAGGGUCCAGAGGAAGGAACGGGCCUAGUUCCCACCACCAGCGUCGAGUGGGCUGGUCCUGUCCCCACAGAAGACACCACCAGAUAACAGAGAAGGCGCUUUUAUCUCCUGCUGCCAAGCUUGACCGGCUACAGAUCUGAGCUUCUUGACCUGGUAGGAAGCUCGUCAGGAGGGCAUCGCUGCGCUGCAGAAGGAAUUAGCCAAGCUGAAGCUGCCGGACUUCUCGGGGUCCUUUAAAGUCAAGCUCUUAGGGAAGGUGCACUACACGUUCUACAGGUGAGACCUUGGGCUUCCGUGCGCAGCCGGCCCCCGCUCUGAGUGCCAGGUGUGGGCAGAGUCCUUCCCAGGGUGGGGCAUGUCCCUGGGGGACCGUUCUUCUCACGCCGGAGAGCCGGGUGCAAGGGGCUCGAAUAAGGUGGAGAGGGAAUUGCGUGGUUCUGCCAAACCUGUUUAUCCAAACCUCCCAGCCAGAGCCGAGUACAAUGUGACCCGGAGCCCAGGCACCCAAGGUUGGGAUAGUGUUUGUGCAAAAUCGGCCCAAUGGGUUUUGCCAAAAAGAAAACCUACCCCCAGCCCAGUUUGUCCCUGUCUGAUUCCAGAGCUAGCCUCUCUCCAGGGAGCAGAGCUCCCGGCGCUGCUGGGUGACCUCUCCUUUCAGGAGACCACGACUAACCCCCCACUCCCACCCCCAGCCCGUCCGACACAAGCAGGUUCCUGUGCUGGCGAAAGCACUUUGUGGCUCUCUCCCAGGAGUGAGGAGAGACCGCGGGUGACUGUUCCCAGGAGGGGGCAUAGCCCCGGGGCACAGCCCCUCCCCGUGCCGCAGGCCUGUCCUGGCGGGGUCACUCGUGAAGGAGUUUGUUCACCCCGACCUGCUCGGUCCUGGGCCCCGUGCGCCCAGCAGUGCUGGUGGGUGUGGGGACAUGGAGGCCUAUGCUCAGGGUGCGGCUGAGAGCCACCUGCCGCUUUUCCCGGGGAGGGUCUGGUUUCCUGCUGAUAGAAUUUCUCUCCCUUGCAGCCUGAACCUUCGCAGUUUCCAGUUGCCGAGUUCACAGAUUGCCCCGAUCCCCAACGUGGGCCUGAAAGUCUCCAUCGCCAACGCCUUUGCCCAGCUGACGGGGAAGUGGAGGGUGAAGAAGAGAUUUGUCAGGGACAGUGGGUCGUUUGACCUGAAGGUUGAGGGUCUCUCUAUCUCUAUUGGUCUGAAGCUGGGCAGCGACUCCUCUGGGAGACCCACCGUUACCACCUCGGAGUGUGGAACCCACAUCUCCAAUGUUCGGGUGCACAUUUCGGGCAGGUUUGGCUGGCUGUACAAUCUCUUUCACAAGAAGAUUGAGUCCAGCUUCAGGAGGACAAUGGAAGGCAAGGUCUGUGGAGUGGUGACCAGCUCAGUCACCACCAAGCUGCAGCCCUAUCUCCAGACUGUGCCAGUCACAGCAAAGAUAGACAAGGUGGCUGGGAUUGAUUACUCCCUGGUUGCACCUCCCGCGGCAACAGCCCAGUCUCUGGAUGUGAAUCUGAAGGGUGAAUUUUUUUCCCUGGCCCAUCGCUCUGCCAUCCCCUUUCCUCCUCCUGCACUGGCCCUCCCGGCGGACCAUGACCGCAUGGUUUACUGCGGGGCCUCCAGUUACUUCUUCAACACAGCCGGCUUUGUGUACCACACGGCCGGGGCCCUGCUCUUCGAGAUCACUGACGCCAUGAUUCCUAAGGAGUUUAAAUUCCAUUUGAACACCUCCACCUUUUCAGCCUUCAUUCCCCAGCUGGAAAAGAUUUACCCAGACAAGCUGAUGAAGCUCAGGAUUAAAACCUCUUCUGCUCCAUUCCUGACGAUCACGCCUGGGAACUUGUCGCUUAUGCCUGUUGUGGAUAUCCAAGCAUACGUCAUCCUACCCAACUCCUCCCUCGUCCCUGUCUUCCUCCUCAGCGCGACCAGCAGCGUUUCAGCCAAGAUUAUGGUGACCUCUGCCCGGAUAGGUGGGACCCUGGAACUUGGCAGGCUGCAGCUGUCACUGAAGCACUCGGACGUCGGCCCUUUCUCCGUGCAGCUGCUGCAGGCGCUCAUGAACUUCUAUGGCUCAAGCAUCCUGAUCCCACGCAUCAACGCGAGACUGAAGGAGGGCUUCCCCCUCCCACUGCCGGCUCGCGUCCAGCUCUCCAAGCUCGUCAUACAGCCCCGCCAGAACUUCCUGCUGUUUGGAGCAGACGUUCGUUACGUGUAGAGAGGCCGAGGCCGAGACGCUGAAAGAAAUGACCGAUAUGAAAAGACAAAACGUUCCUCUUUCCCCUGAGCAGCACCUGGCCUUGUGAAUGGAUAGCAGGCUCCCGCCUUUCCUCCUUGCCUGUGCCGCACCCAUCCUCAUGCCCAGAGAGGGCUCCAGAUUCCCUCCUUCCCCCUGCAAUUCACUGCUACCAAAGCUGUUUGUCCAGGAGUAAAAAACAUGUGAUUUGUCUCCAAAGAAAUUCCUCCCCUGCCUGUCUUGGUCUGGAUCACUGAGCACUGGAUAGACAGAGGAGCAGCAAGUGCAUUUGAACAAAAAGAAAAAAACAAGCAAACGAGCUUCCCUUCCACAGCCUUUGAUUCUAGGAAACCGUUCUGGUAUGUGCUGCUUUCCAGCACACAGGAACCGAUCCAGCUCCCAGGAAAGAUGCCCAUUGGCUGCACUGGGAGUUGGCCCAUGCCCUGAACCAGUCAAUUGAUUUAUUAACACACUUGGGGUGAAGUUCUGAUCCGCAUUAAUGAGCAGUUGUGGCCAUUGCCCUGCGCAGCAGACUGGUUGUGCCAGGUGGAGUGUGGCACGGGGAGAUGCUCACAAUAGAACCUGAGAACGGGCACUCAGAAGGGACGUGUCCAUUGAUUGUGCAGAGCAAUUCAUGGUGUUGCAGAGAGACCAGAAAUGAACAAAAGCCAGGGGGUGAGGCCUGAUUAGCAGGGAGCUGGGAGUCACACGCACCAGGCCCCGGCUGUCAGUCUUCAUCUGAGUUCUGGCCCUAGUUUUGUUAAGUGUUGUGUGCAACUGAAAAUACCCACGCACCCUACCGGGACGUUAGCAUCUAAGCUGGGGGUUCCUCCACCUUUCCCCCAGUAGACAGACAUUGUCUCAUGGCCCACUGCCCCGCACACUCCCGAUGCUGGGUCGGCUCUGGGGUAGCUAUGGCAAUUGCUUUCAUGGAUCAGUAACACGUGGCAGCAUUUGCUGUAUCUGCUGCUGUCUCUUUAACGCAGUGUAGCAGCUAGCAAUGAAGGGGGGCAGGGGAAGGAGAACCAGCACCAUGUGACCUGCCAGCUCGCUGCACAUUUUAUAAUGACGAGAAAACCCUGGAAAAAAGGCACAUUGGAAUUGUGGGUUCCUCAAAACAGGGCUCCCGGUCCCGCAUCUCCCCCGAUCCACUUUGCACUCUGACCAGCUGUAACCUAUUUAUUCACACUGCAGCGUGCUCCAGUGGAAAGUAUGUUAGAAAGAGGAACACAUGUUUUAUUGUGCUAUUGGCAAAUAAAACACUCUGAUAAAGGCAGACAUUGCGGAAGGUUUUUUCAUCUAUUUCUGUGGCCCCUCAGCAGAACGGUUACUCCGAGGAAGUACCUGACA